CAACGCCAACCAAGAAACCUUGUCACGCCCAAAGGAUAAGAAAUCCAACCGCUAGAGCUGCUCUUGCUAGUUUCUACCAGCAAGCAGCAAUGGGCACUAAUUUCCUCCAACCCCUCGCUUCAAAAUCAGCACCAUCAACCACCCUCAUCUUCACCAAACCUUCUAUUAAACCCAACCAAAUCUUCCUGCCUCGUCUCCAACGAUCGCUCAGAGUAACUCCCACCAACACCAGCAGUACCGACAACAACGAAGCUAAUGGAGACGGUGCUCGGCCACAGGCUCCUCCGCCAAACCCAGUGGAAAUCAGGUUCAAGCGAAGGUCAAGAAGGCGUUCAAGACAGCAGAGGGAGGAGGAUGCUGCCGGCAAUGGGCGGGUCAUGAAAGCGCAAGCUUCAGCUCCAGACCCUCCGAAGAAGUGGGAGGACAUGAGUUUUGGAGAGAAGGCAAUAGAGGUGUACGUGGGCGAAAAGGGUGUACUGUUUUGGCUCAACAAGCUUGCUUACGCUUCCAUCUUCAUCGUCAUCGGAGGUUGGAUACUAUUCCGGUUUGUGGGUCCUGCGCUUAAUCUUUACCAGCUGGACUCUCAGCCUUUGUCUCCUACUUCCGUGUUUAAGGGUUCGUGAUUAAAACCCACAAUACAAGAAAGGCGAAAUUAUGAUCUUAAAUUAAGACUGAAAUUUUGUAGCUUUCAGAUAAUGAAGUGGGAAUUGGCGUA